UAUUUGAAAUCCAUUUAUCGCUUCGCGCGGUUGUGGUUAUUGCAUUUUGCGGCGCGUGCGCAUAGACUCGUUUCAAUUUUUAUAUAUACCUACAUAGAUAUAAUGGGUGGUAAUUAUUCCGCUAUGGAUCCGAUGGAUGUCCCUGUGCCGGAUCUAACAAAAUUAUUCGAAAGAGAUGGUUAUUUGAAGCCAUAUGAACGAGAAAUUCGACGACGUUAUGCCUGCUUCAAAGACUUAUGGGUUAAGAUUGAAUCGUGGGAAGGUGGAUUGGAGGCCUUCACUACGGGAUACAGAUAUUAUGGCGUACAGUUCGGUGCAGAUGGUUCAGUGGUUUGGCGAGAGUGGGCUCCAGGUGCACAUUCCAUGCAUCUACAGGGAGAUUUCAAUGGCUGGAACCCAAAGAGCCAUCCAUUUAGGAAGUUAGAAUAUGGCAAAUGGGAACUCUAUAUACCAGAAAACCCUGACGGUUCCUGUCCCAUCAAGCACGGCAGUCGCGUACAGAUCAUUGUAAACGAUCACUUGUACAGGGUGUCCCCUUGGGCGAACUACGUCAAGCCCUUCGAGGGAUUUACGUAUCAACAAUUCAUCUACAAUCCUGAAGAGCCAUACCAAUUCAAGCACAAAAAGGUGAACAGGCCAGCAUCUUUGCGUAUUUACGAGUGUCACGUCGGAAUUGCUACAAAUGAAGGAAGAGUUGGUACCUAUUUGGAGUUUAAGGACAAUGUUCUACCUAGAAUAAAAGACUUAGGUUACAACGCAAUACAGUUGAUGGCAAUAAUGGAACACGCAUAUUAUGCCUCAUUUGGAUACCAAGUAACGAGUUUCUUUGCUGCUAGCAGUCGGUACGGCACCCCUUGCGAGCUAAAACAGCUGAUCGAUAGAGCUCACGAGCUGGGUAUAUACGUGAUGCUUGACGUAGUUCACUCCCACGCCUCGAAGAACACACUGGACGGUUUGAAUGAGUUCGACGGCACUAACGCCUGUUACUUCCACGACGGACCGCGGGGUACGCACUCCUUGUGGGACAGCAGACUGUUCAACUACUCCGAAGUCGAGGUGCUACGAUUUUUACUGUCAAACCUUCGAUGGUAUCAAGAAGAAUAUCAAUUCGACGGAUUCAGAUUCGAUGGUGUAACAUCCAUGCUGUACCAUAGCCGAGGUAUAGGUGAAGGUUUCUCAGGCCAUUACGACGAGUACUAUGGCCUGAAUGUUGACACCGAAGCUCUCGUCUACCUCAUGCUGGCGAACGAACUCAUCCACUCCAUUGAUAAAAGAGCCAUCACUAUUGCGGAGGAUGUAUCAGGAAUGCCAGCGUCCGGAAGACCGGUGUGCGAGGGUGGUACUGGUUUCGAUUACCGCUUAGGCAUGGCCAUCCCCGACAUGUGGAUCAAGCUGCUGAAGGAGGAACGAGAUGAAGACUGGAAGAUGGGUUACAUCGUCCAUACAUUGACUAACCGGCGUUGGAUGGAGGGUACUGUUGCCUACGCUGAGAGCCAUGACCAGGCUUUGGUUGGAGACAAAACUAUAGCAUUCUGGUUGAUGGACGCCACCAUGUACUCCCACAUGAGUACACUGAGCGAACCCAACCAGAUCAUCGAACGUGGACUCGCCUUGCAUUGUAUGAUUCGGUUCAUAACACACGUGCUCGGUGGAGAGGCGUAUCUUAAUUUUAUUGGUAACGAGUUUGGUCACCCCGAGUGGCUGGACUUCCCCCGCCAGGGGAACAACUCAUCGUACCACUACGCGCGCAGACAGUGGCACCUCGUGGACGACGAGCUCCUGAAAUACAAGUAUCUCAAUCAGUUCGACAAGGAUAUGAAUGCACUCGAGGAGAAGUAUGGCUGGUUGAGAUCUAAUCCCGCGUACGUGUCGUGUAAGCACGAAGGCGACAAAGUGAUCGCAUUCGAGCGCGCGGGACUUUUGUUCGUGUUCAACUUCCAUCCCUACCAGAGCUUCACUGACUAUCGGGUGGGAGUUGACGUAGCUGGCAAAUAUCAGGCAGUGUUGUGCUCGGACAGCAAAAGAUAUGGCGGUUUUGGACGUGUGGAACCCGACGGCGAGUUUCAUUUGACGCAGGGUAUUCCUUGGGGAAACAGAAACGAUUCAGUACAGGUCUACAUACCGUGCCGCACUGCUAUAGCAUAUGCUCGCUGUGAAGAAUAGGCCUGUUAUUAGAUUUAUUAUUUAUAUAAAUAACAAAAUUCUAGUAAAAUGUGUAAUUUUCAAUUAUAUAAAUAUCUGCACUAGUUACAACUCUGUUAUUUUAUAUUUAAGCUGUUCACUAAUAAUAUUAUAAUUAUGUUACGAGGAAAGUAUAUAUGUUGGAAUCCUACUAGUCUAGGAAAUCUGUAUAUUGCCAGUUUAUAUUAGCUCAAUAUAAUUUAAAAAUUUGGUUCAAGACAUCGAAAGUGAAUGUCUUUUAAAGUGGUUAUUGUUCUCUUUUUGUUAUUUUUUAUUAUUAUGCUAGAAAAUAAAAGAAAGCAGUAGUAAAAAAUUAUGUUAAUAUAUUUUUUUAUAAUAAACAUGUUUUCUUAAUUA